UCAUUGAUUACCAGAUUUUCACCAUGGGGGGAGCUCGUUCUAGGAAGAGAAACCAUCGAGAUGAUGAAGAUAGUUUUCAUAGAGGGAUUUCCAGAAGGAUACAUUGAAUGAGGAGGAAAAAAGGAGGGGGUUUCUCGGGUACAUUGAUCUAUAAAUCUGGAAGAAGAAGAGGUGGAGAAGAAGACCCAGCAGCAACAAUAACCACAACAACAAGGAGGUUACUAGGAACAGCAGCAGAAGAAGAUCAUCGUCCAAAUCCUCUGCUCCUCUGCUCGAGUUGGUCUGUUUGUCGAGAAGUUGGAGAAACUUCAUGAAGAGGAUCUUGUUGAAAGGCCGUUCAAGAAGAAACAGAUCAAGAUCAGGUUUCCUGAAUGGGGAAGAAGUGGGAGAUUUGCUCCAUUUGGAGGUGUUGUUUAGCAGAACAAAUCUCACAAUUGAAAAAGGAGAGAAACUGGCCAUUAUUGGCCCAAAUGGAUGUGGCAAGAGUACUUUACUGAAACUAAUAAUGGGUUUACAAAAGCCAAUAGCAGGUGAAGUUCUGCUUGGGGAGCAUAAUGUCCUAACAAACUUUUUUGAGCAAAAUCAGUGGGAGAGGAGAGGCAGCAGCCAACCCAAGCAGAUAUUGAUCAAGUGCGAAAUGAGUGGGGGAAGUUUGUUGUCAACACAUAUGUGCAUGAACCUUGAAGUAGCGCGCUUGUUGCUGGUACAAUUUUGAUAUGGAAAGCAUCUUUUUUGUGCUUCUCUGCUGGUACAUUAUCAUGCACCAUGUGGCAUGUUUUGGAAUAAUACAUAUAUAUGUAUCAGCUUUUUGA